CCUCACACACCUUUGCAGCGGAUUGGCCGCGGCCAGCUCCGGACUCCCCCUGCGCCGAGCUGCUGGAACCGCCAGCUGAAUGGGCAGCUGCGAACAAAAGGGGAAAAUCAAGGCAGCGGCCAGAGAGCGCCUGGGGUGAAGGCUCUUGUCAACAGCUGCAGCAGCAGCAGCAUCAGGGCAGCUCCCAGCCACCGCGCCGCCCCGCAGGACCAUGCUGAAUUUCGCAGCUCCUCUCUCCCAGCCAGCUGAGGAAAGAAUAGAGAUGAUUACGGAGAAGCAAAAUAAUAAUAAACGUUCCUGGAACAAUACCACUGAAAAGAGUGAUUUUGAAGCCGUAGAAGCCCUUAUGUCUAUGAGCUGCAACUGGAAAUCAGACUUCAAAAAGUAUUCUGAACUGAGACCUAUAACACCAGCAUCUGAUAUGUCAGAAGAAACUGAUGAUAACCUGCUACCUGGUGCAGCUGACUUUCAUGCAAUACCAGCAUUUUGCUUGACUCCACCCUACAGCCCUUCUGAUUUUGAGAUGUCUCAAGUAAUUCAUCCAUCAGCAGUAGCGUCAUCUGCUGUACAAUGCAGAUCAUUCUCUGAUAUUCCAAAGCCUGUUCCUUCAGCAGCUUUUAAAGAGUCUGGAAAGUCUCCAGCACCAAGACCAAUGAAAGCUCAAGCAACAAGUGUUAUUCGCCAUACAGCUGAUGCUCAGCUUUGUAAUCACAAAACUUGUCCAGUGAGAGCAGCUAGUGUGUCAAAGUAUCAGGACAGUACUUCAAGGGAAAUAAAUGCACAGAGUAGAAUUGUAAAACAAAAUCCACCUUGUGCAAUUGUGUCACCAAACAGAGCAACUUCCAUAAGUGACAAAGGGCCAGUUUUAGAAGAAAAAACAACACUAGCUGUCAGUCCAUUGUCCCUGAUCCAGACUUCAUCCAGUAAACAUGAUCCCGUUCCUGGAUCUGUACAACAAUCAUCAAUGAUAGUAUCUUCACCUUCUGUACAAGCACCUUCUGUACAAGCGAGUGGUGUUUCACCUGUGCCAGUAAUUUGCCAGAUGGUUCCUCUGCCUACUAAUAACUCUGUUAUGACAGCAGUAGUGCCCAACUCUUCUUCUAGCCAACAGUCAACCCUUUGCCAGCCUAUGGUGUUCAUGGGAACUCAAGUUCCUAAAGGUGCUGUUAUGUUUGUUGUGCCCCAGCCAGUUGUGCAGAACACAAAGGCUCCCACCAUUAGUCCAAAUGGCACUAGACUCUCUCCUAUUGCUCCUGCUCCAGGUUUUACACCUUCUGUAGCCAAAAUCACUCCAUCAAUUGACUCAUCAAGAAUAAGAAGUCAUAUUUGCAACUAUCCAGGAUGUGGAAAGACUUAUUUCAAGAGCUCCCAUUUGAAGGCCCAUGUGAGAACACAUACAGGAGAAAAGCCCUUUAGCUGUAGUUGGAAAGGCUGUGACAGGAGAUUUGCACGGUCUGAUGAACUGUCACGGCAUCGCAGGACACAUACUGGUGAGAAGAAAUUUGCUUGCCCAAUGUGUGAUCGGCGGUUCAUGAGGAGUGACCAUUUAACAAAGCAUGCACGGCGGCAUUUGUCAGCUAAGAAGCUACCAAACUGGCAAAUGGAAGUAAGCAAGCUAAACGACAUUGGUGUGCCACCUGCAUCCAUACCUACACAGUGAAAGAACUCCUGAAUUUACCAGAACUAACUUGUUAUUAUGGUAUACCACCAGGGAUGUAUAAAAGCUUCUACUUCAGGUCUGUAGUUCUUCAGUGCCAUCUGUUGAUGGCAUUACAGCAGAGAGGCAAAGGUAGUCUGUGCUUGGUCACAGGAAUGCUACUGAGAGAACCAGUGACUAACAAUGGAAUGUCAGGUUUCUUUUCAACGUGGUGAAAAGAAAAGAGGUUGAAGGUUGGAGAACAGAGCAGCACAGGUAGUGAAGGGUUUUGAAUUUAUGCAGAUUAUUUGUCAUUUAUGCAGAUUAUAAAUCAUGCAGAGCUGCUGGCUGAUGUUAAUUCUUGAAACCAUCUGAAAUUACAGUUUUCAAAGAUGUAAUGAGUUUUCAGUAGAGCACAAACUAGAGACAAAUAUCAGUGUAUGGUACAGAUGUAUAGAUCAGGAAUGCAUCUGAACUAGAUAGUAUAAAAACGAUUAUCCUAUUGCUAUCACCUUUCCUUGAUAGGAUUUUUUUUUCUGUUCACACUGUGGCCCAAUCUUGAGAGAUGGGCAUUGAGGCUCAACAACUAUUGAUACAUUAAAUACUGUAUCAAGUAUGUCACUCAUGCCAGUUUUACAUUACUGUCCAAAUAUGGAAUAGAUUGCGUGCUGACAUGUGGCCAAAGAGAGCCAAAAGUACCUGAAUCCUGAAUAAUUUAUUAUAAUAGAGAGUGCUAGUACUAUUUUUGCUAUUCCUUUUGAAAGCUCAUGAUGAUUAUAAUUGGUUAUAUUUAAUUAUCUUAUGAUGCCUUUGCUUUCAAAUUACUUAUGGAUUCCUUUAUACCUUUCAAAACUCCAUACUACUGCAUUUUUCAUAAACACAGACAGUAUGUUUUAAAAUGUAACCAUAAGAAUAAAUAUGAGUUUAUUAAAAAGGAAAGAACAAGAAUGUUAUGCUAGGUUACUUAAUGUAGAGGUCACUUUUGAAGAUAAUUUCUAUUAAAGAUAAAUGGUCUUGAUGUAAUGAGGGUAUAAUCUAUACUGUAUUCAUUUAGAAAGUUAGGAGUUAUUUAUAAAGUGAAAUAAGGCAGUAAAAGCACCAGUCUGGAAUUAAUACUGUAGAUUUUGUGACAUAAUGCAUCAGCGUUCACUAACUAUAUUUCCAUUGUAUCUCAUUAUGCUGAGUACAUAAAUAUAGACAACAGUUGGAUAAUAGUGUGCUAGAUACUACUCUUUUGUGACUACUUUAAAAUUUUGCACAGUACUUUUUAUGUUGUACUUUAUACCUUUGUUUACAAUAAAUAACAGUUUUAAUACA